AUGGACAAGGCGAAAGCAGCUAUCACCGACUUCAUGGGCCGCUCCGGUCACCAUGACACCACUGUCCACGAGGCAGUUGCUCCCGCUGUCCAGCACGAGGUCAUCAAGCCUCACGUACACGAGGAGGUCAACACCGCCAUUGACAAGGAGGUUCACCAAGACCACUACCACCGCACUGUCCAGCCCGUCCAGGACCGCGAGGUUCUGCCAGAACAGCACUCUGCUAAGCUCGGAGCUGUUCAGCACCGCGAGUUCGACCACCGCGAUGCCGAUGCCACUAAGAGGGCUCUAAUCGACGACCAGGCUCGCUUCGCUGACGAGCGCCGUGUCGAGGACACUACCCACAGCCAGAGCGUUGCCCCCACUGUUGGCGGAGAGCACGUCCACCACCACAUCCACGAGACCAUCCAGCCCGUUGUUCAGAAGGAGACCAUCCAGCCCAACGUCGUCCACACCACCGUCCCCAUCCAUGAGGUUCACCAUAACAAGGCUACCCACCAUGAGACUACUGCUCUCCCAGCCAUGACCAUGGAGCAGUUCAAGGCCAAGGGCGGAGCUCUUACUGGCCGUGAGGAGCGCUACGACGAGUUCGAGGGUGUCCCCAAGAACAUCGGCGGUGCCGGUGGCAUUGGAUCUGCCGCUGGUCUUACCCACAAGACUGGCGGUACCCACAGCCACGAGCACGCCAGCCACGGCGACUACAACGCUGCUCCCAACCACCACUCCGGUACCAGCAACCCCCUCGACCGCAACAACGACGGCAAGGUCUCCGCCAAGGACCUGACUGGCAGCCACUCCAACACCGCCCACACUGACCGCGGCAUGGCUGGCCAGGGCAACCUGACCGGCUCCUCCACCCAGGGAGGUGUUGUCGGCCACGGUGCUGACCGCAACCACGACGGCAAGGUCGACAGCCACGACCUCCACGACCCCGCUCGCAGCCACAACGAGGGCGCUACAGGUACGAAAGACCCCAGUGGACAUGUUGUCGGCGGUACCGAUCAGGGCAAUAUGGAGCAUCGUCCCAACGAGGAUGGUAGCUUGCCUAAGGCCCUGACCGAAGACAAGUCCAGAGCCGUUCCCCACUCCCAAGCCUCCGAAGAGGAAGCGAAGAAACUCCUUGAAGAACAUCAAACCAACACUAAAUAG